CACGGAUUAUUCGCAACGGUUGUGAAUUGCGCACAUCUCGUAAAUAAUGUGCUCAGUCGACUAGACCAAACGAGAAACAAACAACACGAACAGAUAUCCAGCUACAUAACCUCCGAGGAAAGCAAAAUGAGACAGCUGAAGCACGAAAAACAAUCGCCGGUGAAGUAGCAGUUGAAAUCGAGGAGAGAGACUGAACUUAACCACCACAACAUAGCCUUGAAGUCGAGUAUUUACCGCAUCAUCUGCACCAUUAGAACCAGCCAAGCAUUACUGCAACAGCGUUAACCACACCACCACCUAUUAUGGCUACAAGGCAUAAAUGCUCAGCUUGCUAUAAGCAAUAUAAGAAAAAGGAGCAUCUAGUGGAGCACAUGAAGGUCUCAUACCACUCAGUGCACCAACCUAAAUGUGGAGUUUGUAGGAAACACUGCAAAUCUUUUGAAUCUCUCAGGGAACAUUCUAAAGGUUUGUUGGCAAAAGAUAAUUGCAGUAAAAUAUUUCAUGAGCGUGGAUGUGAUCUUUGCAUGGAAAUUUUUGACAGCCCCAUAUUGUCAAGUGAGCAUAAAUGGACAUGUCGGUUGCCCCCACCCACUCGUCUUGGCACAGUAUCAUCAUCUCUGAUGGAACAAGAAAUAUCUAUUCUUGACAAAAGCAAUGGUAACAUUGGCCCGCAGAUUCACGAAGCAGUUGCAAUCGACUGUGAAAUGGUUGGAGGUGGUAGUGAUGGAACUCUUAAUUUAUGUGGUAGGGUUUGCCUUAUCGAUGAAUAUGAGAACAUUAUUUUCCAUGCUUAUGUACAGCCGCAAAUGCCUGUUACUGAUUACAGAUCUGAUGUGACUGGCUUAAGUGAAGAGCAUCUAAUAGAUGCGAUGCCUCUAAAAGAAGUGCAAGAGAAGAUUUCGGAAAUCCUAUACAAUGGUGAGUCCAUAGGAAUAGCGAGGAUUGAUGGUGGAAAGGCUAGGCUUCUUGUGGGCCACUCAUUAGAGCAUGAUUUGGAUUGUUUAAGAAUUACUUAUCCUGACCAUCUGAUGAGGGAUACCGCAAAAUAUCAUCCACUGAUGAAAACAAAUUUGGUCAGCCACUCAUUGAAAUAUUUGACGAAAAUGUAUCUUGGUUAUGAUAUUCAGAUGGGAGUGCAUGAUCCUUAUGAAGACUGUGUCUCUGUAAUGAGGCUAUACAAGAGAAUGCGUGACCAAGAUCAUCUCAAAGAUUUUAUUGGAGCAUGCUUACCCAGUCACGUUACAGAAUUUCUUACCAACGAGUUUGAGUAUUGCAAAAUGAAGGAUCUUGAGAAACUGACACCUGAUGAACUGUAUGAGAUGUCAAGGUCAAAGUAUCGUUGUUGGUGUCUGGACCUGUUGCAGAAAGUGCGGCCUUGAUAAAGAAUUGUUGAUACCCCUUUAGUUGAGAGCAUGUAUUGUCAAAACUUGAAAGCUUGUGAAUAGUGACGAACUGAUGACUAACGAACUGCUUUUUCUUCAUAGUAUCAGUUGGAACUUGGAAUCAUAGGGUUCAGAAAAUCCAUUUCCAAAUUAUAGCAAGUUAUCCCACUAUAUAUAUCAAGUCUACAAUUAGGAAGAGCAUCAUGUAAGCUCGAGGCGAAGUUUUUGAUUUAGGACUUGCGGCCGCCUGGUUAACAUACCGCUAUAUGAGAGUUAUUAAAGUAAAAUUGCGUCUCUUUUUUUGUUCUGUA